AUGGCUGAGCAGGGUAAAUUGCGUAUUCUCAUGUUUCCAUGGCUGGCCUUCGGUCACUUGAUUCCAUACCUAGAGCUCGCAAAGCUCAUAGCCCAGAAAGGCCACAGAGUCUCCUUUGUUUCGACUCAAAGAAACAUUGAACGCCUUCCCAAACUGCCUCCGAAUUUAACCCAUCUAAUAGAAUUUGUCAAGAUUCAAUUGCCAAAAGUUGAUAAUCUACCUGAAGAAGCAGAAGCCACCAUUGAUUUACCAUUCGAAAUGGUCCGCUACCUUAAAAUUGCCUUUGACGAGCUUCAACCAAGAAUCAUUUGUUUGUUGGAAGAUUCCUCGCCCGACUGGGUUAUUGCUGAUUUUGCUCAAUACUGGUUAUACCCAGAAGCUGCUAAGCGCAACAUUCCGUGUGCAUUUUUCAGUAUAUUUACUGCAACUAUUUUGAGCUGUACUGGCCCAACAUCACUUACAUUGCAAAAUCAAGAUGAUCGGGUGAAGCCUGAAGAUUUCAUCGUGAAACCCAAGUGGGUGCCCUUCGAAACAUCUGUUUCUAUGCGCUUCUUUCAAAUUAAUCGCCAGUUUAAGGAGGCAAUAAUAGACGGUGGUAAUGUUUCGGACAUGUACCGAUUGGUAGCCACCAUUGACGGCUGUGAUGUGGUGGUGAUGAGAAGUUGUUAUGAGUUUGAGCCUGAGUGGCUACAACUUCUAGAGAAUAUUUACCAAAAACCAAUUAUUCCUGUCGGUCAUUUACCCCCAACAACUACUAAUGGCGAUUCUGAAGGGCAAAACGAAAACUGGAUUGAAAUUAAGGAAUGGCUUGACACGAAAGAAAAAGGAUCGGUUGUGUAUGUAGCUUUCGGAAGUGAAACGAAACCAAAUCAAGAUGAACUCAUUGAAAUUGCAUUAGGCUUGGAGAAGGUACCUAUUGAAUCCAAUCCGGAAGAUUCUAUAGAGAUCAACUGUUAG